AUGUACGACGUGGCAUCUGAACCAUCUCCUGAUUGCACGGAUAGUCCAUCCCACAUAGAUGGAAACAACAUCACCCUACUACAGGAGGACGAAGCAGGGGGCUUUCAAUUUUUGAAGGGAGGGGAAUGGAUGGACGUCAAACCCAUUCCUCACUCCCUCAUUGCAGUGGCAGGCGAUGGUUUUCAGGCAUGGAGUCAUGGCAGAGUUCUCAAUGUGAAACACCGUGUGAUGGUGAAAAAACAACAGUCUCGUCUGUCAAUGACCUUCUUUAAUGUAUUUCCAGAGGUGAUGGAGAUAAAAGCACCGCCAGAGCUUAUAGAUGAAGAGCACCCACAGCUUUACAGGUCAUUCCAGAAUAGGGAGUUUAUUCAGUACAUGAUGAAACACGCAAAAGAAAGGGACGACCAGCUCUUGAUGAUGUAUGUCGGCAUUCCUGCUCCAACUUCAUAG